AUGCAGCAGCUGCUGCUGCGCCUAAGCAGCAGUUGCUGCUGCUGCUGCGUCACCGACUCUUUACAUUUGGCAAGUGCAGCAGCUGCUGCGCCGCAGCUGCAUUCACCGGAAGCAAGGCAGCAGCAGCUGCUGGGGUGGGUGCAGCAGCAGCUGCUUCGUCGACGCAGCAGCCGCUGCAGCAACUGGUGCAGCAGCAGCUGCUGA